GAGAUUAAACCGCCAAUUUUAAAAGUUGUUUGUCAAUGCCAAAGGCACGGUUGCGGGCGUAGGACGAAGAAGACCGUUUAAAACGAAUUUAUGAACCGCUGACGGAUUUAAAAUGGAUCCUUUUACACAGAGCAGUGAUUUAGACACCUCAGUUGCGAAAUUGUUGGAGCGCACUCGUCAAAGGCGCGAGCAGCUCACUCAGAAGAUGGCAGAAUCUCCGCGUGCUGCUCCACGAAAACGACGCACGCCUCUCGCUGAGGAUCUGACGGAUAAUAUUGUGCAAGAAGAAAAUAUAGAUGAUGACUCCCCAAACAAGCGCCAGUGUGUGCGCGAGGCAGAGCGCGAGAUGAAGGCUGACACGCCUGCGGUACAGGGAGUGAAGUCAAGAAUGCAGAAACUGGUGCAAGAACAGAACAAAUGGAAAGAUGAGAACGGUGGUGAGAACAUGGAGGUUGAACAGCCAGUGGCAAAGCCCCGGGAUCCCGACCCCGCAUCCCCUCCCCAGCCGACCCCCACUGCCAGGAAGAACCGCCUGGCAGCCCUUGCCCAGUCCAUCAAUAACUGGGAGGAUGACCUCACACACCACGAGUUCAGACCUAAAGAAGAAAAACCCAAGAGAGUGUGGCAGCCUCCACCUAAGCCAGUGGAGACCAAGCCCGCCUCCCCCAAAAAGUACCCAGCGCCCCAAAAACCAAUUGAAACCAAGACUGCCUCCCCGAAGAAGUACCCUGCCCCUAAGGCGCCAUCACCACAGGAAAGCACGACCACUAUCACCACCAAGUCUAAACCUGUGGAGACGACAGAAAGAACAGAGACCAUCGAGACCACCACGACAAAGAUCACGGUGACGCGUAAUGGUGGCAGCAUGAAUAUCAAGGUGUCUGGGGAGAAUGGGGAUUUCGAGGUCGCGCCGAGCAAGCCGCCCAGGACCUAUGAAGCUGAAAUCCCUGUGGUGGUGAGCAGGCAGAGUCAGAGCACCACAUCUGUGCAGAAGUCCACGGAGCCAACCUCCUCUCAGAGCUCCUAUGUGAGUAAACUAACACUGAAUGUUGGCAAGAAAGAGGCAUGUAAUAAGCCAGUGGAGGUUCAGAUUGGUAUAGAUGGGAAGAAGAGGAUCGCGCCUGCCCUACGCAAGGGUGGUAUCCGCGAGGACGAGCCAACAGCCAAACCAGUCAACCAGCGCAUGGCUAACUGGGAGAAGAUCACGAGCCAGGAGGACGGCAAACGCCCGUCGGCCCAGUCAGCCCCCUACAAGGCCCCAGAACCCAAGAAAGCCCCCUUCAGCAGGCCCCCUGUUCCAAAGUCCACCACCAAUGCUAGCACUAAGACUGCCCCUGCCAACAGCAACCCUGGCAGGCCCCCUCUUCCUAGAGGUGUAGCCCCUGGCGGAGCCCCAGUGAAUGCGAGGCCAAGAGCCCCUGAGUCUAAUGAGCCGGACCCCACUGACCGGUCAGUGAUGUCCAGGAUGGGGAUGUGGGAAGACAGAGUCCGUAGCACUGCCCAGAAUGCUCCACCCCGUCCCAACCAGCCGUCCACUGCCCCCAUGACCAGACCUGCAUUGAAGCUGCCCCCGGGGUCUGUCCCCAAGGUCCCUGCGGCACCUGUCACCCCGGCUGCAGCUGUGGGAUCCUCUCCUGCUAAGAGCAAGGACUCCCCAGUCAAAUCUAAAGUGCCUGGAGUGAAGUCACCUGCCUUGUCACCUACCAAGGCCAGUGCUCACAUGCGCGCCAUGCAGGAGAAGCUUAUACAGAACAUGAACAAAGGCUGGAAGGAUAACGAGAUAACCGCCAAGGUCCUGGCAGAGCGCGAGGCGGAGAUGAAGCAGCUGGAGAACCGCUGGAAGGACGGAAUACCUUUGGAGAAUGAAAAUGAGACAAAGAAAGCGGAGCCUGUUGUGGUGCCACUCAAACAGGAGGUAAAACCGGUUCCCACACCUCAGCCAAGAGUGCAAGUGCCGAGCGCUCCAGCGCGGGCAAUCCCUGGCAAACGGGAAGACGCUAGGGCUAAGCUCAGAUCAGACUUUGAGGGCAAGUUAAAUGCCAUGGGGUUUGAAGUCCAAAGCACAGCUGACCUUCAGGGAAAUAAGUCAAAGGUCGCGACCCUCACCUUGGCCCAGCAGCAGCAGCAGGCCAAGAUGGCAGAAGCAAAACCACAGCCAAAAAUCACUGUAACAGAGGAGAGUUAUCAGAGAACUACCGUCAAAAACCAGAAGACAGCCCAUGAUUCUUUUGAUGACAGUGAAGAUGGGAGCGAUGAAUCCUUUGAAGCCACCAUGAGCAAGUACUCCGCUGUGGCUGACCCCAAUUAUAAUAGAGGUCAAGCUCAGACUAGUCGCCAGGCAACACGACAGGCAUCAACUGCGUCUAUGGCGAGCAGCCAAAGUGCCACCAGCGAGACCAGCAGUCAGUACAGUGAGAGGAGAGACAGAGGGGAGAGGAGCAGCGCAGAUGACGAGUACGACAGCCAGAGUGACUAUGACGACGAAGAUGAGGAGGGUGAAGAGGGAAUUGAUGAUCUUUUAGAUGAAGCCAUGGAUGAGUCUGAGGACUCCAUGCAGGAUGAAAAGGGUGCCCCACAGAGAAGACCUCCAAAUGGAAAAACGGAGCGUUUGAUGUCUCCCAAAGUGGCGUCGUGUGAGAGUUUGGUCAGCUCAGAUGGAGAGAAGCCUCUGGUCCACACUGUCUCUUUUUACAGGUCCACCAGGUACAGUAAGAAUGGCCCAGCCCCCAAGAUGACCAUCGUCCGGCACACCUCUCACUCUCGGUCCACUGAGGAGGAGGAGGAAGAGGAAGAUCUGCCCUAUAUGCCUGAGAGGUCCAUCAAACAGAAGAUACAGGAGCUCCAGGACCUGGUGAGUCAGGAGCAGAAUGUGAUCAUGCAGACCAGCAAUGCUCUGAACCAGUGUUGUGGUGGGGGCUCCAGCUUUGCAGGCUCCACAGAGGCUGUGGAGUGCAAUCGACUGCUGCUCAUGGCAUGUAAGAGACGCGAGGCUUACCUGGAGGAGAUUCACCGGCUGAAGAACAGACACGCCAAACCCGACCAGAACAAGGGGAAGGGCUCCCUCACCAUUAGCGACAUCCGCCUGCCUCUCAAGAAGGACUUUGUGUCCAAGAUAGGGUCCAAGGAUGACACUGCUGUCCACUACUUCCUGAUCGUGCUGCGUAACGGUCCUCAUGUGAUAGUGACUCAGAUGGUGUCCACUCAUGACCCCAUGGUCAGAGGAAGUCUGGACUUCCCGAACCUCAUCAAACUGAACGACGUCAAGAGUGGGUUCAGAUAUAACCUGGAGGUGUAUGGAAUGACUGUGCGUCGUGAUGUUCAUAUCCCAGCCAAAGAUACACCUAAGAAGAAGGGUUUUACUCCUAAGAAGUUACUGGGAUUCAAGGGAAAAGGACAUUCGUCAUUGCACAGUCCAGGAGGUCCCACAGCAGUGCGUUCCACGGCGUUCCAGCAGAUUGCCCUUCUCCCCAUCACCAUGGACAGCCUGCACCAGUCAUCAUUUGGUCUGGAGAAGGUGCCGUUCCUCUGCCCCCUACAGGGGACCAUCCACCUCAAGUUACGCUGCAUCAUGGAGUCCAGGAUAGAGGAGCAUGGGUUCCUGACCAUGUUUGAGGACGUGAGCGGGUUUGGAGCGUGGCACAGGCGUUGGUGUGUGCUGAAGGACAACAAACUAAAAUACUGGAAAUAUCCAGAUGAUGAGAAGAUUAAGGAACCCAUUGGUUCUAUUGACCUGAAGCGUGUAAUCACAGACGUGGUCGGUCUGGUCACCAGAGACGUGUGCGCGCGACCAAACACCUUCCAGCUUCUCAUGGUGAAAGAUCCCAGAGAGAACACGCAGACACUCACCACCAAGUACUACAACACAAUUGCCACAGACUCUCACCUGCUAUCUGCGGACACUAAAGAAGACAGACUGGUAUGGUGCAAUAAACUGAAUGAGGCGCUCACAAACCUACGAACAUGGCACGCUGACGCCCUCAAACCCAUCAAGAAGAAAACAUCCAACAUUUAAGAAAAAUAUAACUUUGCAUAAUGACAAUUAAAAAAUAAACCCUGAUGGUUGGCACUGUAGGGGGUUUUUGUAAGAAUUGAGUUUUCAUUCUUUGUGCCCUCUUCUUCAUUUUCUAAUCUCCAAUCAUGCCCCUCAAGCAUACACAUUUUGAAGACUUGAAGAUGAAGUUGCUUUCACACAUUGCGCUGAAACUUUGGGUGUGAGAAAAUUCAAGUGGGCCAAAAAGAAAAAAGGACUUGAAUAGUAAUUGGUUUCUUUCCUUAGAGAAAUAUUUUAUGAACGUAACUCAUAUAUCAUAUCUAUUUAAAAAGCUUAACCCUGAAGCUUAAGUCACAUAAACUUGCCUCAGGUAAUACUCCUAUAUCACUCGUACCUGAAAUUUUUUUAGAUCAUUUUACCAGCAUGUUAAAACAGUGAAUGUUAUCAAAGCAUCAUGCCAUAUGCUACCUAUCAUAGCUCUUGGUGAGGACAAGCAUGUUGAGAUUUUAUGUGUGUGGUUGUGAACAUGAAAGAGGAAAAUAGGACUGUAAGUGGAUACUGAUAUUUAUUUUUUCCUGAUUAUAUAAUCUCUAUGAACCUCACAGACUAUAUAUUAUUAUGCAGGAAAACUAUUUACUUUGGAUAGAUCCGACCAUUAUUAUUGUAAUGGUUAUUAGCAUUGAAACGAAGAUACAUGAACUGAUAAUUAGAAUGAUUAUAUCCCAUAACAUUAAUUUGCCUGCUCUGGUGACAAUAGUAAUACUUCAUUAGUAUAUAUGACAAUAUAAUACAUAUAUCUGCCAAAAUCAUGACACAUGGAUUGUUCUUUGGUGUUUUGAAUAACUUCUUAAACUGCUGAGAUGUUGAGUUGUCACUAAAAAUGACAAAUAACUGGUAAUUAUCAGUGAUGGUGUAGAUAUGUAUGGAAAAUAAAAUGUAAAUAGAUAACCAUGAACGUAGAAUAUGAAA